ACCGCAGGCCACGGCGCAACAUGUUCUCGUGCUCCCGCAACACACACGCCAUUUUCUAUCCUCUUGCCGCUCAUCGACUUUUCCCUCCUUAUAAAUAUAAAUCCUCUAGUUUUCGUUUCAAGCACGUGAAGUCUUCGUUUUCUUCGUACUUUUCCUUCUAUUCUUCUUCUCAUUCACGUUCUUCUUCCUCAAACCCUAGAAUGGGCUCGGUCGGUGCCUCAGGCGAAUCGCUGAAGUAUCCAUUGGCUAGGAGAGACGAAUCUGUGGUGGAUGACUAUCAUGGUGUACUGAUAUCUGAUCCUUAUCGAUGGUAACAUUGCUUGAAGAUCCAGACGCGCAAGAAGUGAAGGAAUUUGUGGAGAAGCAGGUAAAAUUGACAGACUCGGUGCUUCAGACGUGUGAUACGAGGGAGAAGCUUCGGGAGACGAUUACGAAGCUGUUUGAUCAUCCGAGGUUCGAUGCUCCAUUUAGGCGAGGGGACAAGUACUUUUACUUCCAUAAUACCGGUCUUCAGGCGCAAAAAGUCCUCUAUGUGCAGGAUAGUUUAGAUGGAAAAGCAGAGGUUUUGCUUGAUCCAAAUGGACUUAGUGAGGAUGGAACGGUCUCAUUGAACACGUGUGCUAUUAGCGAGGAUGCGAAGUACUUGGCAUAUGGGCUCAGUUCGAGUGGCAGCGAUUGGGUUACCAUCAAAGUUAUGCGGGUUGAGGAUAAGAGAGUCGAGACUGAUACCUUAUCUUGGGUGAAGUUUUCAGGCAUUAGUUGGACCCAUGAUAGCAAAGGAUUUUUCUAUUGUCGCUAUCCAGCUCCCAAAGAGGAUGAAAAAUUGGAUGCUGGGACUGAAACCAAUUCUAAUCUUAAUCAAGAGUUGUACUAUCAUUUCUUGGGUACUGAUCAAUCCCAAGAUAUUCUAUGCUGGAAAGAUCCUGACAACCCAAAGCACAUGUUUGGAGCUGAUGUAACUGAUGAUGGAAAGUAUGUUCUUCUCUAUAUUUCUGAGAGUUGUGAAGAAGUCAACAAAGUUUACCAUUGUGACAUUACUUCCCUGCCUGACGGGCUUGAAGGUUUUAGGGGGCAAAAAGAUCUGCUUCCCUUUAUUAAGCUUAUUGAUAACUUUGAUGCACGCUAUCAUGCCAUUGCAAAUGAUGACACAUUGUUUACCUUUAUGACUAAUAAGGAUGCUCCUAAAUAUAAGUUAGUCCAAGUAGAUCUGAAGGAACCAAGUACUUGGAAUGUUGUCCUUGAAGAAGCUGAAAAGGAUGUGCUUGAAUCAGCUUAUGCAGUUAAUGGAAACCAAAUUCUUGUGUGUUACUUGAGCGAUGUGAAGUAUGUUCUGCAGAUAAGGGACUUGAAAACAGGAUCCUUGCUUCAUGAUUUACCCAUAGACAUUGGCUCAGUGUUUGAUAUUUCUGCAAGACGCCGGGACAGUACAGUUUUUAUUGGGUUUACUAGCUUUCUUACUCCUGGUAUAAUUUAUCACUGCAACUUAGAGGCUGGGGUCCCAGAUAUGAAGAUAUUCCGAGAAAUAGUUGUUCCUGGAUUUGAUCGAACAGAGUUCUGUGUUGAUCAGGUUUUUGUUCCUAGUAAGGAUGGUACAAAGAUACCAAUGUUCAUUGUGGCCAGAAAGAAUAUUCCUAUGGAUGGAUCUCAUCCAUGUUUGCUGUAUGGAUAUGGUGGGUUUAACAUUAGUAUCACACCAUCAUUCAGCGUCAGCCGUAUUGUACUUUCAAGGCAUUUAGGUGCUGUCUUUUGCAUAGCAAACAUUCGUGGUGGUGGUGAGUAUGGACAAGAAUGGCAUAAAUCAGGUUCACUUGCAAAGAAGCAGAACUGCUUUGAUGAUUUCAUUUCUGCCGCUGAAUAUCUUGUAUCUGCUGGUUAUACCCAGCCCAGAAAGUUAUGUAUUGAAGGGGGAAGCAAUGGUGGGCUUCUUGUUGGUGCUUGCAUAAAUCAGAGACCUAAUCUUUUUGGCUGUGCUCUUGCUCAUGUUGGUGUCAUGGACAUGCUACGAUUUCACAAGUUCACUAUAGGCCAUGCUUGGACUUCUGAUUAUGGUUGUUCAGAGAAGGAAGAAGAAUUCCAUUGGCUAAUCAAGUACUCUCCACUUCAUAAUGUUAGGAGGCCAUGGGAACAGUGUCCUGACCAACCUUCUCAGUACCCAGCUACCAUGAUAUUGACUGCUGAUCAUGAUGAUCGGGUUGUGCCAUUACAUUCACUGAAGUUGUUGGCGACUAUGCAAUAUAUAUUGUGCACAAGUGUGGAGAAAAGCCCUCAAACCAACCCAAUCAUUGGCCGCAUUGAAUGCAAGGCUGGGCAUGGAGCUGGUCGUCCAACACAGAAGAUGAUUGAUGAAGCUGCAGACCGGUACAGCUUCAUGGCUAAGAUGUUAGAGGCGUCCUGGAUUGAAUAAAUAGAGAAAAAAAAAUGAAGAUCUCACAAAGAGGCUGGAAAACGGGCAUCGUUAUAAACAUCUCUGUUGUUAUAUUGUUGGACUCCAUACAUGAUGGAGGUAGGACACAAAAUGGCCAGAUUUCUCUCCAAGAUGACAGCUCUUGGGCCACUUCUGAAUCUCAUCUCCAAAUUAGCAUUUCGUAUUGUAACACUAGGGAUAAAAAUUAUAACUUGUGAACCACUAGUUUCAUACUAGAAUUCACAAUUAAAUUAUUUCUGCUGCUGGUCAAUUACUUAAUUUGAUUGUUUUGUGCCGAAUGGGCAAAUUAUGCUAGGUCAUGUUAUCUGAAGCUAUGCUUCAUUAAUACGUUAUGGGUCAGAGCACAGUCCACAUAUCAUAAUAUCUAUUACAAA